CACGUCAAUCAAUCUAAUAAUCCACUGUCCGCUACCACCACCACUUUCAUUCUCUUCAGACUACACAUCCACUGUUGCAGUUGAUUCAUAUGAACAUGGACACUGAUAUUCAAGUAUCAACAAAACCGCUGUUUCGACCUGUGAAGAGACGCAAGUUCAUGCGACGGCGUGAAGAUGAGUCUGAUAAUAUCGAAGAUGAUUUGACCGCCACCGAAGAUUCCCAUCGAAUGCAAUCUCACUAUCCUCUAAUAACUGACCAAUCUUCUUCGAAUGCCCAUAUGAAUUCGCUACGUCGGCCCUUUAGAGCUCGAAAGGGUGGGAUCGAGUUCUCCACGGAAGCGCGACAGGUUGCAGACUCCGUUUCUACAAGAGGGACUGGCGCAGAAGAUCCAGAGAGUGUCAGGUUACGAGCCAUGUCUGACCGGUUUACAGGACAUACUGGGCAGAGGGUUGAUGUGGAUAAGCAUAUGAUGGCAUUUAUAGAUUCUGAGAUGGCCAAGCGACAGCGCAAUAGUCCUAGUGAACCUCCAGUUACAGAUGCCGCUCCUCCAGUGGUGCAAGUUGCUAGUGAACAAUUGCCAUCGGCUUUUGUUCCCCGCGAACCAGCAUCCAUCGGCAAACUGCAUGAAAUUGACCUGGGCGAGGAGACCAAGCUCCAGAAUAUCGUCAGGACGGAGGCUGCAGCGCGACGGCUUGCCGGAAACGGUGUUCCCGGAGCAGCAGAAGAAGGGGUAGCUCGCUCAGGGAAACAUGGGAAGUCAUGGCGUGACCGCAGACGACGAAACAGUGAAGAUAUUGAGCGGGACAAGCUCGUGGAGGAGGUUCUCCGCGAAAGUAAAUUGGACGUCUACAAUGAGCCAGAGGAGGAAGAGCCGCUUGAUGACCAGGCAGCGGACGAUCGGAUCGCCGAGCAGUUUCGGCGAGACUUCCUAGAUGCAAUCCAAUCUCGUCGUCGCGUUGCGCGUGCGAAAGCGGCCUCCAAAGCCCCGACCAAGACGGAUGCCCCUCGUGGGCCGAAACUCGGUGGCAGCCGAAGCGCCCGGGCUGCCAUGCGAGAGUCGCAGGAGAAGGCCGGUCAGAAAUGAUUGUGGGGAGUUAUUCCAUAAGGUAUGCCAUGUGUUCGGCACAUGGUGUUUUGAUACAAUUCCAAUAGAUAUAAGGUGGAUCGGUAAGAUGAGAACAGGUUCCACAUGGUACGUCUAAUAUGCAUGUAAUUAUAGUCAUAACUCUAUAGGAGUAUGGAGUAGGAAGAAAAAGAUGGUCAAUAAUAUAUAUAAACAUGUAUAUAUUUGAUGAUUAUCUAGCAGGAGAAGACAGCGAUGCAAGUACAACGUGGCAAGCGUCCUAUCUCCCUUGGCCGAUUCCAAAGACUCGACAACCCGCUAGCCAUAG